UUUGUGUCUCAACUACCUGAAAAUGUUAAAAACACUUCAAUGGUUACAGCGGGGACCUUAGCUUUCGUCGAGAAAUAAAAAUAGUUACUUUGCCCCCAACAUUAAUAUGUUUGAAUUGAAACUGAUCUCUUUGUCAUGAAAAUGGUCUGGUGGUCACAGAAUCUAAUAUCAUGCUGUUUUACUUUAAUUAAAGAAAAAGUGUUUAUAAAUGCAAAUAAGAUAGGAAAUAUUUUACUACAUACAAAAUGUCUGCCAUAAUCUACAGUAAUUUGUAAAGAAUACCGUAAUAAUUCGUGUUUCUUCCCCAAGUGGUCGCUAGUAUUUGAUAAAUAUGUCUUUAAAAUACAAAGUGGUGUCAGUGUGGGUUAUGUGUUUGUCUUACAAAAUGGUUAUGACUGGUUGUGAAGUGGUUUUGUUGAAUCGAAAUGUUACAGACAGCUUCCGUGUUGGGAAUGAUGGUUGUACGAAUGAUACAAGUGUUUGUACAAGUUCAGCAACAUGUCAGUCUGAUGGCUUGUGUUUGUGUAAGCCUGAUAGACCAAGCUAUCGAAAUCCUGUCCUCGAAGUCAAGGAGAGAAAAACAGUGUAUGGUAACUCGUAUGGUUGUAUUGACAAUGAUAUUUUCCGUUUUAAUGUCAUUGGUAAGUGUUUUGUUUUAUGUAGGUAAUGAAGGUUCAUUCCAUUUCAGAAAUCCUGGCCCUAAAAAUAACGACAUAUUUAUAUAUGUGGGAAUAUAUUGUAUACAGGGGGUAUAUCAGCUAUUAUUAUUUUGUGCAUCAUAUUUGACAUUAAAAUUAAGUCCUAUAUAUAGUAAAUUUCGCUUCCCUCAGGGAAUGUUGACAGGUUUGGUAGGGAUAAAUCGCAAACUGUACCCUAAAAAUAGAAAGCUUAGGUUCAACGACAAACGUCGGUCAAAGAAACAUUUUACGCUAUAAAGCAACAAAAAGUAAAUCGGCUUGUUGUUUUAUAAGUAGAAUGCUUAAUUAAUAACUAUUCCUGUGUCAUAUGACGCAGAUAUCGCGGAACGAAAAUGAUGCCAAGAAAGUUCGGACUGGCCGCUUGCCGUACUUUUUUACGCUAAAUUUAAGCUCCUUAAUGUCUUGGAUUCGAUCAGGUUGAGCUACGUUACGUUCUUCGUAAUACUGCUCAGCUCAGUUGGAUAUAAAGAUGAUUAGCAUACCCUCCACCUACUAAUUUUGUUUUUGUUUUGUUCAAACUGAUAUACAUAUAUAGAGAUCAGUAGCUGUGUAUUCAGACCUUUUCAAGUCCUACCACACAGCCACAAAGAUCCAGCCACGACAUUUUUACACACCCAGCAGAUAUUCAGUUGUUCUUUGACAAAAGCCCAGGCAAAGUUUCCAGACAACGCUACAGAAAUUGAAUUACAGUGGUUGAAUGAAUCUUACGUUGAUUUGAACGUCUCGAACAACAAUUUGUAUUUUAAAGUACGUAAAUCAACUUAUUUGUUUUUCUCUUUAACUAUAUGUUUAAAUUUAGCUUCCUUUUUCUUUCCUAGUGGAGAAAAUCCGUUCCAAAUUUGCAAGGCACGAUAAUUACGUUCACCUUCGGAUGCAUGGUGCCUCCUAGUACCAACCCAGAGUUAAAGGCUUACCAAACAAAAUGCCUGCGAGCCAAGGUUCUUGGAACAUGGUCACCAGGUAAUUUUUACAAAAAUGCAACUUCAAGACACAUCCAAACUUUAUUCAGCCUGCAUGCGUAAUGAAGUUAACUAGUGUCGCGUAAUAUAUAGCGCGAAUUUAAUUAUGUCCAUUGAAGGGUUUUAUUGUCUAGCUCUCCGGGUCCCCAAUAUAAUGUAUUGAGAAAAUAGUAACACUGAAAUGAAUUAAUUUAAGUUUAAAAUCAACUGAAAAUAUUACCAAUACAAUAAACAAGGAGAUUCAAUACAUUGAUUAAAAUCUUGUGGCCGUUUUGGACUUGACUCAGUUUUACGAUUAACAUUUCUAUAGCGCAAAUUCACAUGUAGAUUAUUAUGACCAAAUGCGAUUUACAUCAAGUAUUAUACGCUUACCUAAUUACAUACUUAUAGCUUAGACUAUUUUAUAUUUACAACAAUUGUGAUAUUACUUUCUUAACUGUGUUUAUCCUAACCCACCCUGUCAACUUUCCCUGUGGGAGGAAACUGGGGCGCCCGGAGAAAACCCACGACUUUCUCUGACGACUGCACCAUCUAAACCCCACAAACCAAACCCUAUAUUUAGUAUAUUGCCUAUAUUUUGCUAUUCUUAAAACUAAACUUGUGGCCCAAAUUUAUCCUUGUCGCAAGGAUUUCGAUGAACUUCAUUUGCUUAAAUCUUAAUAGACAACUCUUGAUAAUCACUCUAGCAUUAAUUUAUCACGGAUAUUAGGUUCUGUUAUGUAAACAAAAGUAACUCUUUAAUUCGGUUUCCAGCUUUCCGUGCACAAAACUAUGCAUAUAAUGGCCAAUAUUUUGAUGAUAUAACUUAUUAAAACUGAGCAAUGCAUGGUAAAUUCUUCUUCCUAGGAACAAAUCCCACCGUGUCAAAUCCUGUAGUAACUAGUAAGGCACCAACGACAUCAGCAUUGAACUCAACUGGUACCAUGAUGACAAUGUCACCCACCACUUCAGCUCGUUCCAGUUCUCCGGGUGAAGUAUCGAGCAGUGAUGAUGAUUCCAGUGGAACAAUAAUUAUUAUAGCCGUUGUGGUACCUGUAGUACUGCUGAUAGUCUUGGUUGUCGUUGUUUGGUGCUUGUGUAAACGCAAGAAGAGAUAUAGGUAAGCAUUUUAAGGACAUUAAUGAACAACUUUGGUGUUAGUUUAUUGGAUUUGGUAUCAUGCAAUGCGUGACAUAGGCCCUAAUAUCAACAAAAUUAAAUUAUCCCACACGGAAACUCUUACAUUUACGUAAAGAAAUUACAGUUUUGAGGUUUCGUUUUGAGAGGAACAAUAAAAAGCUUUACAUAGUUAUCAAUGAGAAUCUUAUCAAUAAAAAAUGUGAGAUUUCAUGCAGUUGUUUUUUUCUUGAUAUUUUUGGAACAGCCAAAGAAAUUCAAGUGACGAACGUUCCAGCAAAAAAAACGGUAUGCACAAAUUAUGUAGUUGUUUCAAUUAACUCAGCAUGUCAGUGAGUUUGUACAAUAUCGGAUCACUUUAAAUGGGUACAUGUAUUAACUAGGCAGUGAGUUCCGCUGUACAACAUCAGAUCACUUUAAGGUAGCUCACAUUCAAGAACAUGUACAACCUUACCUCUGUAUAAUCUAACCCUGCUUAACUCUGUAGUGAGUUCUGUACAAUAUCAGAUCACUUUAAUAGUCUUCACUGUGGACUACCUUGAAGUGAUCUGAUGUUGUACAGAACACACUGCUGAGUUGAGCAUGGUUAGAUUAUGCAGAGGUAGUACAUGUUCUUGAAUGUAAGCUACCUUAAAGUGAUCUGAUGUUGUACAGAACUCACUGCUGAGUUAAAGCAUGGUUAGAUCAUGCAAAGGUAGUCAUGAGUACAUGUUCUUGAAUGUGGGAUACCUUGAAGUGAUCUGAUGAUGUACAGAACUGACUGCUGAGUAAAACAUGGUUAGAUCAUAUAGAAGUAGUACAUGUUCUUAAAUGUGGACUACCUUAAUGAAUACCAUACGCGAUACAUGCGCGUCAACACAUGAUGCUUUUUUAAAAUAACAAUGCGUCUUGUUUAGGUUCUGCGCGCCUGAAGCAGUUCAGACACACGGACAGUAAUCUACGAGGGCCAGAUGCUUAUGAAGAUGGACAAGCCAGGGACACAAACGACACCUUUGGCGCUCAAGCAAACCUUGGUUAUUCAACGCCAAAUAGCCAGCGCGUGAUAGUGGAAGCUAACCCAAUGUAUGCAACUCCAGAUAUCAAAAGAAAAGAAGACAAAAGCGCAAAUUAUAACCCACCUGGAUACGAACCAGUCAAUAUGAAAAAAAGACAAGGCAACGAAGAUAGUUCUCAAGCAGAACCUGGGUAUGCAACCCCUGAUGUGAAUAGAAGAGAAAUCAGUCGCGUCAAUUCUUAUCCAGAGCCUGGGUAUGAAACUCCUGAUAUCAAAAAGAAAGAGAUCAAUGUCGCUACUGCAGAUUCUGCUUAUUCAACGCCAGAGGAAAAUAAUGCUGAUAUCGAACGCAUUGCUGUUAACGGAGACCUCUAUGCUCUCCCGGAUAAAAAUAAAAGUACUAAAAAGGUAAAAAGGUUUAUUAAUUUGAAAGAGAUGAAUGCUCAAAAAGUGAUACAAUAGCAUCGGAAAUUAUGUAAUCUACACUAAACUAAGCUAGGCUAUUAAAUUCACUUUAAUAAUACGUUUGAAAUUGAUUUCGCUAAAGGUCCAGUAAGUUGCUUUAUUCGAUGAUUCCAGUGGAGUUACCACAGGAGCUCAGCUACACACGAAAAAUACCAGAACGUGUUUGCGCUGCUUAUUCCCAGUUGUUGUGACAAUCUGGAACAAUUAAGACCGUAACAGAUUUGACGGUAACAGACUUGCUACAAGUUGUUCCAACAAGAUUAAUAUAGGCUGUUCGUAACAAGUUUCUACGAGCAUGUUGUAAUCAACUUAUUAAUAGAGACCUUACGAUUUUAGGACGGCAACGCGACGGCAACGGCUACCAAUACAACAGAUCAGUCAAAAGAAUUGAGUAAUUACAAUAUGUGAAUAAUUUAGACAUUGUCCUCGCUCUGUUUACAACGCUAAAUCACAGAUUUUCACGUCUUGAUACAACGGCUGCAUUCCAAGCCGCAACAAGUGCAACUUCAAACUGGGUUCAGCAGAACUCUUCUCAACCAUAAAACCCGUGUCUUCAACUUCUAAAACUGUAUUAAAUUCAUACGAUUGAUAAUAUUCCACGAACUAUCUUUAAUACCAUUUAUUUGAAGGAGUUUGUUUUGGCCGUCGCCGUCGCGUUGCCUGUCCUGAAAUCGUAAGGUCUCUAAUAACUUGUUUCGUGCAGACGAUAUCAGACUUGUUGGAACAACUUGUUGCGCAUCCAUUGAUCUCAUCAACCUUGUUUCAAGAUAAUAACAACUUGUUCCAGACUCGUCAACAACUGGGAACAAGCAGUGCGAACACAUCUUGUUGACAAGCUGUGAGAUUUUUACGCGUGUACACACGUAAAAACGCACAAGUUGUAACAAACCUGCAGCAGACUUGUAACAAUGCUGUUUCAACAACUUGUCAACAGGAUGUGUUCGCACUGCUUGUUCCCAGCUUGUUGACAAGUUGUCAACGGCUUGUUGACAACUUGCUACAAGGCUAUUGAGCUCAACAGACUUGUUACAAUUUGCUCCAUCAACUUGUUAUCGUCCAGCAAUUCAACAAUUUGUCAACAAGUUGUGAGUGCCAACCUUGUAGCAACUUGAUAAAAUAACAGCGUUUCUAAAACUUGUUGACAAGCUCGCUACAAGCCUGUUGCGAACACAUCUUGUUAAUAAGACUUUACCUGUGUAGCUUUAGACACUAUAAACACCCAAUGUGCCAUCAACACGAACUAUACUUUUAUAUGACUGACGUAUUUUGAAUCUACAGAUUAAUGGCUUAAACUACAUGGAUCCUUCGCGGUUGGUUUCUGGCAGUCAAGACAGGAAUGAAAGCCAGACUCAAUCAGGCCAACCUACUGAAUAUGCAGAAGUUGUUGGAGUCAUGAAGCCAGGAGCAAAAAAAACAAAAAAGAAAAAA